AGAAAAGUUAGUGAAAAGUGGAGAUGAGCUCACCCUGGUGUGAUGUCAAAGAACCAGCCACUGAAUUAUUUAUUGGCGUAGCAAAAUAUUACUCUAAUACACACACUUCCAUUCACAAAGGAUUACAUAAGCAGUGGUUCAGUUUUGUAAAAAUGCCUUAUGCUGUGAACAGAAUGACCUCCAAUACAACUGUUCUCCAUUAUGCCCGCUCUGAGGUCUCAAACCACCAUGAGGACACUAUAGUGGACACUGAUGCUAUUAUGAAAGAAGUCAACGUUGUCUUCCUCACCAUCAUCAUUCUCUUCGGCACCACCGGGAACUCUGUGGUCAUCUGGGUUGCCGGCUUCCGCAUGAAUCCCAGUGUUACUAAUGUAUGGUUGGUCAACCUCGCAGUAGCUGACCUGAUCUUCUGUCUGACACGAGUCACUUCACUCAUCAGAGAUCUUUUCUAUGACCACUGGCCUUUUGGGGUCUUUCUCUGUAAAUUCAAUGGCUUCUUCAAGUACGCCAACAUGUUCUGCAGUGUUUUUCUUCUGGCUGUUAUCAGUGUGGAUCGAGCGCUUUGCAUUUGCCAUCCAGUGUUCACCAGGAAACGACGAAUGCUAAGUGUUGCUCGUGUGGUCAGCGUGGGAGUUUGGAUUUUGGCGGUGAUCUUUAGUUCACCAUACUUUGUGUACCGACAGGUCUUCCCUAAAAAGAACUUAAGCCAAUGCUCAGUGAAGGAAGAAGGAGCAGCAGAGGGGGGCAAUUCAGCAAUGUAUGUCUAUUACUACAUUCGUUUCAUCUGUGGAUUCCUGUUGCCCUUCCUGGUCAUCCUUAUCUGUUACAUACUAGCUGCUAUUGGGAUACGCAGAACGCGUCUCUCUGGCAAAUCGAGGCCUCUUCGGAUUCUUGCUGUACUGGUCUGUGCCUUUUUCCUAUGUUGGGCCCCCUACCACUUUCUAGGACUGGUCAAGUUGGUGAAUAAAGACAACAUGGCAGUAAAAACAGCAUGGAGUUUGGUUUCAAACUUAGCCUAUUUCAACAGCUGCAUUAACCCAUUGCUGUACUUCUGCAUGGGACUGGAUGUUAGACGACACUGCAAACAAAACCUGUUAGGGAUUUUUCAUAGAGCUCUUAUGGAGGAAAGUCACCUUCUCCAGUACCAGGAACGCACAAGGGACGAAAGCUGUGAUUCCAUUCCAAAGACGGCAGACGCUAAGUGUAUGACUAAUGUUUAACAGAAAUUAGUUUGAAGCAAACUUUGUCAUGUUUGCUUAUCUGGCAUUUGGAAUAAAUAUAAAUAAAAUCAUUAUCUUAGAAAAAGUUGCCUAGUUGAAUAAUAAAUGCUUUUUAUGUUUUUAAAUGAGAGUGUGAAAAUUAUUCUUUGCUGUUUGCGUCUUCUGCAGUUUCAAUUUGAAGACAUAUUUACAAAAUGGAAAUCAUAUAUUCACAAAAUGAAGCCAGAACUAUUGAACCAUUAUAUUAUUAAACUUUACA